AUGUUUAAGAUUAGUCUAAUUAGCUAUUUACUAUUAUUAUUCACAUUUUUAUAUGUGGAAACAAAAUUACCCGGUGAAUUACGUGAAAUCUAUCAAUUUCAUAAAAAAGUUCGUAAAGAUGUAAAAAAUUGUAAGAUACCUGGUCAACCUCCAGCUGUAAAACUAGCAAAAAUGAAAUGGAAUAAACUUCUAGCUGACAAAGCUAAACAACAAGCUAAACGAUGUCAAUAUGAUGCAAAUGAUCCAAAUGAUUUUAUUAUUGGUGAUUUUGAAUCGAUUGGACAAAAUCUAGGCGAUUAUCCAACAAUUGAACGAGCAAUGAAAGAUUGGUUAGAAGAACAUAAAAAUUAUGAUUUUAAAACGAAUACAUGUAAUGGAGAUUGUAAAAAUUAUAAACAGAUGGUUUGGAAUACCACUGAAGCAAUAGGCUGCGGUUACGAAAAGUGUGGAAAGAAUUAUUUGAUUGUUUGUAAUUAUGCACCAGGUCAAUGUAAAAAAUUAAAAUUACCUAAAGAAGUACGUGAAGUAUUUCAAUUACAUAAAUAUUAUCGUAAUUCAAUACGUUUUUGUCAAAUGCCAAAUCAACCUCCAGCAAAACGUAUGUCAAAAUUAAAAUGGAAUAUAUAUUUAGCAGAAAAAGCUCAACUUUCCGCUAGUCGAUGUGAUUACUCUUAUGAUAGUCCAAGUGAUAUGAAUUUUGAUGAAUUUGGUACAGUAGCACAAAAUAUUGCUGAUAGUCCAACAAUUGAAAAAGCAGUAGCCAGUUGGUUUGUUGAAUACAAGAGCUAUUCUUUUAACGAUAACAAAUGCAAUGAUACAUGUAUGCAGUAUAAACAGAUAGUAAAUGGUGAAGAGACUGAAAUUGGUUGUGGUGUACAAAAAUGUGAUAAAAGAUUUUUAGUAGUGUGCAAUUAUUCACCAGCAGCUGAAGAAGAUAGACAACCGUAUGAAAAAGGCACUCAAGAGAAUUGCGAUGAUGUCGAUGAUGCAGAAUACUAA